CCGAAUGCCGAAGUUUUGGAUUUUUAGUCUUGCGAUUUAGAAUUUUGGAUAAAUUAAAUUAGUUUUAUCUAGACUGAAUUAAUUUUUAUUGUGCUAUUAAAUGGUUUAGUUAGUUACAAAAUGAUCUUAUCUAAGGCUACUAUUUCUCUAUUGUGUUUAUUGUUAUUAUUGUCCAUUUUUAUGGCCAAUUUAUUGAACAUAAUCGCUACGGAUCAUAAUUUUUACAUUGAAAACAAAAAUGAGGGAAUCAAUCAUACGAAAUACUUAAGUAAUAAGUUCGGGCAGAUAGGCGACUCCAACAAUAAUAUUAUUUGGUUCUUGCAGAUUUCUGAUAUUCAUAUAAGUAUAUUCCGGGAUCCAGGGAGAAUAUCGCAGUUCCAACAAUUCUGCGACAGCACAGUUAGAAGGAUCAAACCCAUGUUAGUCCUGGCCACAGGAGAUUUGACCGACGCAAAAGCCAAAGACAAUUUGGGCAGCUCUCAAGUUAAGAAAGAGUGGAUAUACUACCACAAUAUUAUCAAAGAAUCGGGUGUCACUGAUGAAACAGUGUGGUUGGAUAUCAGAGGAAAUCAUGAUAAUUUUAACAUCAAGACAAUAAAUUCUCAAGAGAACUAUUUUAGAAAUUAUUCAGUACAAGGGUCUACUCAUGCUAAAUCCUAUGUGCAUUAUGAACACAGAAAUGGAGUCAAUGUAGCCUUCUUAGGCAUAGAUGCCUGUCCGGAACCUGGAUUGAGGAGGCCGUUUAACUUUAUCGGUAUCUUAGACGCUGAAGAACAACAAAAAUUACAGAAAUUAAAAACGGAGGCUGAAGCUAAAUCAGACCAUAUAAUUUGGUUUGGACACUAUCCAACAUCAUGUAUAUUAUCACUUAAACAUGAAAACCAAAGAUUAAACCUAAGAGAGCUUAUGGGCAGUACCCAAGCCUCGCAGGUGUAUGUAUGCGGCCAUUUACAUGCCAUGGGAGGUCUAGUCCCAAGAAUGUAUACUAAACAAAGAAGAGGCUACUUGGAGCUAGAAUUGGGUGAUUGGAAAGACAACAGGAUGUUUCGAUUAGCCGCAAUUGAUCAUGGCAUUUUCUCAUUUGUGGACCAAAAACACAAUACUUGGCCUUUAGUUUUAGUCACAAAUCCGAAGCAUGCACGUUAUGCUAUGGCUGGUCGUGAACCAUUACAGUUGAUAUUAGAGUCGACACAUAUUCGAAUAUUAGCUUUUAGCGAUGUGGAAAUCGAAACUGUAAAGAUUUCCUUUGACAAAGAGAGUUGGAUGAAAUGUAAAGUUGCUAAAGCACCGCUCUAUGUGUGCCAAUGGCUGCCACACUUGUUCAGUAUUGGGCUACAUUAUUUGUAUGUGACAGUGACUGAUGAAGUGGGGAAAGAAGUUGUACUGGAACAUCCAUUUUCUUUGGAUGGGUCUUUGGUGAACUUUGAAGUAACACCACGGAUUCUACUUAUGCUUGAUGCUGGUGCUGUAUUUCAGACAAUAUUUGCAACUCUACUAUUGGUUAAUGUAAUUCCUCUGCUUGUUCUACGAUUACAAAAAAGGCCACCCAGAUACCGACGAAAGUUCGGUAGUCAUGUACUUCGAAGAGUGUGGUUACUGAGCAAAAUCGACAGAAUAUUUUAUCCAAUUGUUUUGUAUACAUUAUACACGCCAUUUGGACCCUGGGCAAUUGGUGAACUGAUUGAUGGAUAUGUGGGCGUAAUUUUUGCUUGGGGUAUAAUCAUAAAAGGAGCUUUCUUACCUGAACCGUUCACAUAUAUGUAUGGAAGUGUACAGUUGAUGUUUGUGCAGCUACCACUUGUCUUCGUGUUGGCAUACUGCUUGGAGACUCGACUGUUUAGUCCAACCGUAAGGGGAAUAAAAAGGUUGAUAAAGAAUUUACCUUUUGUCUUUUUGCUGUCUAUACAAUUUUUGCUGGCUUAUUUCUUCUGGCUGGAGUAUGGGACAAUGGCUUUCGUGUUUGGACCUCUCAGGACGUGGAGUAUAUUCCUCAGCAUAUUGCUGUGGUAUAAAGUUUGGACAUUGCCUCCAGAAUAUUGCAGGAAACUAUCAAAUCUGAAUGAUUUACCUUCAUAGUAGCUGAAAAGUUGAGAAUGAAUGGUGAUGUUUAAGAUUCUCAGUCAUUUCUAAGAGACACAGUAUAAGUUGAAUACAGUACUGUUUACAUAAUGUAUUAUGUAAAGAAUAUUUAUGAUGAUGUAACUGUAGGUAAGUAUGUAUUUAUUGGCACCAAAGACAACAUAAUUAUUAUGGUACAUUCCAUGUGCUUAAUUAUUUAACAGAAUUAUUAUGAGGUUUCUGUUUGCUUAAUUGUAUACUGCAAUUAUUGCACAUUCGAAAUUGUUUUUAGUUCUCAAUGAUGUGUUAUAGAAAUGGCAUAAAUAUGUAUGUACGCAAAGUAUUAAUAUAUUAUCUUACAUGAUUUAUUGUUUAUUGUUAGGUUUAUUAAUGUUAUGUACAAUUGUACAUCUAUCAUUAGAGUUGAAAAGGAGUUGUGUGUAUUUUGCUUAUGUAUUUAUGUCAUAAUAGUUGUUGUGAUCAGUAUUAUCUCAACAAGAAAAUUUGAUGGUUGUCUAACUCUAAACAAGUAGGUACUUUGCAUUAAUUCACUUAUGUAUUUUUACAGUAAUCUUUAUAUUUUACCUUUACGAGUAGUAGAUCUUGAAAUAAUUGCAAAAUGAGCAAUAAUUUGAGAUAAACGGUUAUUGUACUUAGAUUUUCUGAUAUUAGUUUUUUUUUCUAAAAAAUUGCUAAGUGAUUUUUAUUAGACUGCCGAAUUUUUA